AGCAGGUCUGUAUUAAUCCGCUACCUCAUAACUUCCCCUAAAACAUCGCAUUAAAAAAACUACUUAGCCCUGCUUUCUUUCACACGAUUUGUCGAGCUUUUGCCGUCCGUUCUCCGAGAAUCAGGGGCCUUUGUGUUCUGUUAAUCUCUUUUCCGGUCUCGUGUGUUGUUGAAACAAACCUUUAAAAUCGUUAUCCUCGACGAUAACGCACAAGUACAUGUAUAUUGUGUCACAGUCCAGAUGGUGUAGUCACUCGCGAAUUAUUAAUAAAGUAGUCCCGUCAAUGGGCCAGCGACAGUGGAUAAAAACAGGCACAAUUCCCAUGCAGGUGACAUUCAAUGGCCAGACGUCAGUACGCUCACUGACAACGUAAAAAAACCGCAACACACACUUGGAAUAUCACACAAACACGCGCCCUGCCUUCACGACUUACAUCGCAGCUGUUCCAUCCAUAGUGCUUUCGUGUCGGUGUGGAUCUCUGCAUUCGAACUGUAAACAAGUUUACGCUGAAGUCUGUCAUCACUGAUUAUACCCCACCACCCCAACCAACAUGAAGGCAGAAAUCCAAUGCGCUAUCACCUUCAUCUUGGAGCAACUUUGCUCCAAGAUCCCCCGCCAACAGCAGGACCUCUUCGCCGAAGAGCUGGACAAAUCCCUGGUCAACAAAUUCAACGGCCACUGGUACCCGGAGUCGCCUUGUAAAGGCUCGGGAUAUCGGUGUCUUCGCAUCGGGACCAGGGAGAUGGAUGCGGCAGUGGCUACGGCUAUCCAGCGCAGUGGGCUAGAGACCGGAGAUUUGACCGAGGCACUUCCGCAUGAGCUGAGCAUCUGGGUGGACCCCGGAGAGGUGUCCUUCCGUAUGGGAGAGAAGGGAACUGUCUCUGUCAUCUACCAGGAGAAGCGCCCGAAGGCAGCCGGGCCCAGCCACGUCCAGAGCGAGCCGGAUCUGACCGGCUCGGGCCAGUUCAAUUUCAACCCCGAGGCUGAGGAUUUCCUGCCCAUGACAAUGGACUCACUGAGUUCCUCCAUGAGAGGGAUCUCACUAUCGCCAGUGUCUGCUCUGGGGUUCCAGCCGAUGGUGCCACUGGGACUCCCCACUCCACACCAUCAUCAGCACCUCCCCCACCCUCAGGCUCUCCACCCGAUGCCCCCUGUCGUCCCCACCCCCACCCCAGUCACAGGCAAGCCUCGGCUACAAGCAGCCCCUCUCUCCAGACCCUCAUCUCUUACCUUCACUGCGGCAUCCUUCGCCCAGACCAAGUUCGGCUCCACCAAGCUCAAGUCGGCGGGCAAGAAGGUCAAUUUCCAGCAGCUCUCCCCGACCGAGUUCGCCAACUACAUGAAGCAGCGUUCGGCAAUGAAGGGAUUCCGCAGCCAACGGUCCCCCGUGGGAGGCCGGGAUUUCCCGCUCUUCCAAAGCAAAGAUGACGGGUUUGGUUACUGGGGCGAGACCACCACAGCUCCCCAGUCUUACACCGCUGGUCCGGGGUUCGACUCCCAACCCAACCCCACUACACAAGCCCAUGAGUCUUGGAUGCUGUACGACAGCUUGAAUGCCUCACUACCGUCCACAGACCAAUAUGGCCACCAGUCUCUGAUCGCAGCUAACUGAAAACUCCCAGAGAGACGUCUGGGUCACAACCAGCUAGUUGAUGAUGACAAAAAACAAUGAACUUCCAUAUAAAGAUAAUCAUGAAAUACUCACUAAUUAUUGUCUUUAAUUUGGUCGCUGUAACCAUAGCAACUCGAACUGAAGCAACAGUUCAUGUACAAAAGGUUCAGUUGUUAGCCAAAUCUUGUCAUUUUUCUCGCGCCGAGGGAAAGUCACUUUUACAUUUUUCAGAAUGCAACUCAGCCAAAGCGGCUGUGCUAUCUCACUGAGCCCUUUUGACUCAAUUGGCUUUUUAUAUUAAUAUUGAUAUCAAAUAUAUAGAUGUACAAAAAUCGAGUAAAUAAUUUUCACAAUGAUAAUAUUUUUACAUUCUUUCUCAAUCUAAGUAUCAUAUUUUUUUAAGUUGAAUAUGUAUAAGCAUUCAGAAUUGUUCAUGUUAUUGACAUGACUUAUAAGCAGUAGACUGGUAAAUUAACGAGUGACUUAUACCGAGAAUCUGUGUUAAGUGCUAUUUUUGUCUUGAUCCUAGAUCACAUGCGGUAUGAGGAGGGCAAAUAGGGGCAAAUAUUUUGUGCCACUACACACAGCAUGGCAGGAAUGUAUGAGGAAGAUUUAAAGUCCAAACGUUUCCUAUCUGAUGGAGAAAACACAUUCCACUAUUGACUCUGUCAGUCCCUAAACUUGCAUCAGUUUCUUACAAAGAGCCUUGCAGUAUUCCUGUUUAUAUCGAGAGACUUCACUUGGUGAUAAUGAAAGGACCGUGACAGGUUUGAUAUGAAAAAUGGUUUUGCAUUAUAGUACAGGCAUACGAGUCUUGUUACCAAUACUUUUUUUUAAUGACGUCCAUACGGCUGUUUUACCCCCAAAAACUUUUAAAAAUCGUGUUGAUUUCAACGACUUCAUAGAACAGCCGUUGGAAUGUGCGCCAGAUUGGACUUGAAUGAACGUAAAGAAUGUUAUGAACGACCAUUUCAUUCAACAAUCCAACAGAGAGAGAAUGCACUCAUGCGAUAUGCGAAAUUCUAUUUUGGAUAGCGGUGGCAUGGUAUAUGAAUUGACACACUUGUUUAUGACAUUCAAGAGUCAACAGUGUGGAAUGUCCCCGAUUCGCAUUUGGCUCAUAAUGUCAGGGAAAAUAUUUUGUAGCGAAGGAACGGGUUCUGUAACGGUUGCUUUGCAUUGCUUCCACAUGGGAGAUAAAAUGAUUGAUAUUUCAAAAAAAGAUAUGAGAAACCCUUCACUGAAAAUCUGAUAACGAAAAAAAAUUUGACACCCUUAUUGCACCACGAUUUCUUCGCUGCAAGAUGAAUUUAUAAUGAAGAGGAUACCUUUGUGAAUGUAACGUUUGGAGUCUAAUUUACAGAAUGAUAUGAACGAAUGUUGCCACAAUUGACAUUAUUUAAAAAAAAAAGUGAUAGUGGGACAUCAGAUUUGGAUGGUUUUCGUGCACCGAAUGGCUUGGUAAAAAAAGCACAUCGUACCGUAUUAGCACUCGAUAUUGUAACUGUUAUACAUAUUAUAAUAUUGUGUAUGAAUACAAAGUAAACACUCCACUUAUUUUGUUUACCAUGUUUCUUAUCGAUAUUGUUAAUGGAACCGGCGAUAUAUAUAUUCACAGAGGUUCUAUAUUGCGUAACCAUAGUAACAAUAUUUUGAUAUUUUGGACGCAUGACAAAAAAAAAAUACCAAAGCGUUGUUUUAAUGUUUAUAUCAUAUUUUGUCUGGUAUUUUGGGGAUUUUUGUCAUUUGUCAUUUUUCUAUGUUUAAUGGCCGCGACAUUGGAAUCGUUUGUCAUGACUACUGAGAAAAGAU